GUUUCAUUGUUCUCUCCGCCAUGUGACCGGGCGCUUGGACGAUCUCCGCAAUAUAGCUUCAUCACUCCUCAGCGUCAUUAUCAACAAGAUCAAGUGGAAGGUUGAUCAACUUCGCCUUGCUGAAACACAUUGCAUCCUUCAAACCCAACCCUCAAUCAAUUCAAAAUGUCCGCCCGCCGUCCUCACGGGCAGAGCUAUGCCGAUGUUGCGGCCAAGUCUCCUCAAGAAGAAAGCAGCUCUGACGUGACCCCUGCAGUCCCAGCUGAUGUCAUCUACAAGCUGCUGGGCUUCACAUUUGCCAUGGUGUUUGCUCCCAUUGGCAUGUACUUUUUGACCGUGAAGUCGAUCUUUAGUGGCAAUGCCAUAUACUCUGGAAUUACAGCAGCCAUCACGGCGAACGUGGUCUUGUUCGCUUACAUCUACGUCGCCUGGAAGGAAGACCAAGAAGACCAGCAAGCAGCCAAAUCAAAGAAAGGCCAGUGAUAAUAGAAAGCUCUAAGCCUUGU